CCUUACAGACGCCAGUGAGCUAGAGAAACACAACGGCUCACACUUUGCCAGUCUGCGUGACGAUUUCUAAUUAACUGAGCAAACUAGCCAGUGGGUGACAGCAGAACAUCAACCUGAACACAGAAAUGAGCCUUACUUCUCUAGAAGAAAAGGGGCUUGACCCUUUGGUACUCUGUGACCAGUUCUUUGAGCUGUGGAACCAAAAUAAUCUGCAGAUGCUACAUUUGGCGGCUAUCCAAGGAUUUUCAAAGCUGUCUGAGCCUCUGGAGGCCUUACUAACAAUCCUGGAGAGCUGUCCGGGGAAACAGAAGGGUCGGAGCCACACCCUGGGCUAUCACAUUCUCAUGGAAUUCCAGACGUGGAUGAAGGAACGUCCUCAGGUGAGCCUGAGCUCUUUGGCUGAGGACAAAGCAGUGGAGCUCCAGCGGCGGGCUCUUGGUCUGUUGACAGACACCCAGCCCAACUUUGUAGACACCCUAAUCAACAUCUACCAGCUUAAGACUUUGGAUCCUUCCAUACAAUGUAUGCAAAUUUACAAGCUCCAAGCUUUGAACUGUUAUAAAGAGGCGGUAACUCUCAGCAUAAAGCUCGGAUUGCAGACUGAACUAAAUACAGAGGAGAUGCUUAUCCCUCUGAUUUUACAAGACAAGCUGCCUUUGGCAGAGUCCUUUGUCAAAGGACACAGACAGCUUGAAAAUCAGCUUGUUAUGUUACUAGACUCUUGGUGUCACCCGGACUUCAAUGUGGAAGACAUAAGAAAGAAGUUUCCUUGCCUGUCUCUGUCCAAACACUACAUGGCACAGAUUCAACCCAAAAUGCUCACCAGACAUGUUGUACGGCUCAUGGAAAAAUUCAAAAUUGACCAAAGCCUCUGUCCAAAUGCUCUUCACAAGAGGAGACUGGACUCUCUGCGUUACCUUGUGUAUAAGACAUUUGGGGAUAAAACCAUGACAGAGGAGAAUUGGACAGAUCACAUGCAAUAUGUGGUGGCAGAUGACCUCGAGCUUCAAGUCCAUUUGGUGGAGCUGUUGGUGAAGCACAGCAGUCUUCAGAAAGCCUCACAGUGGUCACUGAGAUACAAUAUCCCUAAAAAUCGACUUUCUCAGGGGGUAUGGGAAAUGCAGCAGAGUCUGCCACCUGACCUACAACAGAUAUGUUUGAACGAUCUCACACAAGAGGAGGAGUGGAUCCCACCUCAGUCUCACUGCCAGAAGUUCUACCAGGCACCUCUCACCAAAAACAAAGUCCACUUUGUAGAUACGCUGGAAACUCUGCAAAGAUAUCAAAGCAUUGUCCUAAAGGAGAGUGGUGUAGUAGGAGUUGACAUGGAGUGGCAGCCUACGUUCGGCUGUGUUGCUACUCAGAAAGUUGCUCUGAUACAACUCGCUGUUCUUGACCAAGUUUUCUUAUUAGACCUUUGCGCAAAAGGAUUCUGUCACCAGCCUGAUCUAGUUGGUUUCAUCAGGGCCUUGUUUUCUGAACAAAAUAUUUUGAAACUGGGUUAUGGUAUGACCGGGGAUCUGAAGUGUCUCUCUGCCACCUGGCCUGAGUUAUUGGAGGAGCCACUGAAGAUGGAGGGAAUGCUCGAUCUUCUUAGAGUACACCAAGAGAUUCAACGUGGAAAGGUGAAUCGAGUUCAAAAUGCCCCUAGAGAGGUCCUAGUUUGUGAGGACAGUUCAGAGAAAGGUCUCAGUUUGCUGGUGCAGCAGGUCCUGGGAAAGCCUCUGGACAAGACAGAGCAGAUGUCUAACUGGGAGAAGCGUCCACUGCGCAUCAGCCAAAUUAGAUAUGCAGUGGCAGAUGCCUACUGCUUGCUGGAUGUGUACUCGGCUCUCUCCAGCAACCCAGCGAGCUUUGGGCUGCCUGCUGACCUCCGCAGUAUCACUUCAGGCCAAUCAGAGAUGAGCAAAGACAAGCAGAAGGAGAAAAGGGGCAAGAAGGCAGCACAGGAUCCUAGGAAAGAGGAAUGUCAGGGGGCUCAGAGGGUCAGUCCCCCUCAUUCUGACACACUGAAAGGCCUCCUGUGUGGCGAGCAGCCCUCAGAAGACACUCCACCCCUAACCCCCCAGCAGUUGCGGGUGGUGUGUGACAACAUGCUGCAAGGACUGGGAAGAUAUCUGCGGUGUUUGGGAGUUGAUGUGGUCAUGCUGGAAAACACUGAUGAUCACAGAGUGGCAGCAAAGUUGGCACAAGAUGAAGGCCGUGUCAUCCUCACAUGUGGUCAGCCGUUCCAAACUUUACGUUCCCAGGUGGGUGAAGGUCGCUGUCUGUCCUUAGACUGUUCAGAGAAGGCCAGAGACCAGGCUAUUCGAGUCCUAAGACACUUCAAUGUCCAGCCUACUCCCAGUGACAUAUUCAGCCGCUGUCAGGCUUGUAACAGCGAUGAAUAUGUGUCCAUUCCCAGAGCUGACAUGGGAACAAUGCUCAAAGAGAAAGGAUUUCUGCAGGAUCACAACACCACUGACCACAUGCUUGAGAAAUCCUGUCAACAGGAAGAGUUGAGGCCCGAUGACACCCUGACCCCCAGCGUGACCCCUGAGCCCCCCAGGUACGCCGCUCAGUGUCGCUGGGCCUCCCUUUCAGGACUGGACCGUGACACCAUGACCUUUCCCGGGGGGUUGCCCAUUCAGCUCCACACUGUGCCCCCCGCCUUGCUGCAGAGGAUACCCCUGUUCUAUGUCUGCACCAGAUGUGGCAAGGUGUUCUGGGAAGGCUCUCACUUUGGCCGUGUCCUCUCUUUGUUCCAGGAAGUCCUACACAUAACAGAAAAGGAUCACAUCUCAGUUGCCGGGCCAUUCAAUUGAUGCAGAGCUGCUCAUUUUUAUAUUUUGUAUUAAGUUUUUAUUUAUAUUAUUUGUUGAUAAUUCAGUUCUCUGCUCAGGUCCAUGUAUUUAUCUUUCAUGCAGUCUGUGUCUGAUCAAGGAAUGCCAGCAGUUCCAAGCCUUUAAGUCACGUUGUUGAGUUUUGACUAGAAAUUGUGCCAGGAGACUAAUUCUGGCACGGUUUCUUUGUUUUUAUUAUUAUUAUUAGUGCAACAAAGACUGAUGUGUUUACAAUCCUAGCUAUUUCAUCUGUUGUUGUUUUUUUUUUUUAUCUGAAUGUUUUUAUUUUUGAUUGUUUAUAAUCAGAUGUGUAGAAUUUUGCUUGAAUUUGAAGCUUUUUUUCACUUUAAAAGGUAUAGAAAGCGUACUUUUCUAUUGGGGCCUAAAGAUUUAAAUUAAAUUAAAAUAUUGAAAAAUCAAGCCUUUAAUGGUUUCUAUUCAGUUAAGCAUCCCAAGUUCAGAACUAUAUACAUAAUUACAUGAAUCAUGUGUGUCACAAGUAUUUGACUUCCUCCUGUUGGAGAAGGUUAGAAAAUACAAGGAUGAAUAUUGCUUUGUGUUUCCUCUUUUGGACAAGAUCAUGCACGGUCCUUGGAAACGCUUCUCUUUAGCUAUAGGAUUUUCUGUUGUAUUAAAGUUAAGAAACUGAGAUGACAAUGAAAGAAAGCUAAUUUUAUGUUUCCAACAUUGGCAGAGACUGAAUUUUUAUUUGAAACUAUCUCUGUUUUUUAAGAGUCCUUUAUGACAUGGCGUUUAGAAAAGAAACUGGGACACAGUAUCACAGAUCCUCCUCCAUACUUCAAAGUGCUCUGCAGGUUAUUAAUAAAUAACUUUUGUUUCACACAAGAUGCAACGCAAGUAUUUGUUGCUGAAGAUUCAAAUCUUAGUCUCGGCUGACCAAAACAGUUCCAGUUAAAGUCCCACAAGAGUUUAUAAAACUCCACCUUUAGGUUUUGUAUGUAGGACAGAAAAGGCUGUUUCUGGUUAACAUGCAUAUUGUGGUUAGUGGCCGUGACAUGACCAUACUGCUCACUUUGCGUGGUGGUAAAAAUAAAAGGAAUUAUGGUAAAAAAAGAAGAGAAACUAGUUCUUGUCCAGCCUCAAAAGUUUA